UUCCAUUUGCAUUGGAGUUCACUUCCAUUUACUUUUAAUGGGCUUGCAGACCAAACUGAGGUUUCCAAAUUGUAUUUCAAUUCAACUUAAUUUUGAACCGCAAGGAAGAGACCCUACAAGGGGUUAAACCGUCGGGGCUCCGAUUCCCAACAUCCCUCAAUCUUGGGGGAGGAUAAAAUCGAUCAAGCCCCUCCUUUUCUUUUCUCAGUCAGUUUUAUUCGAAUUGCGAGUGACUGGCUGGCUGGUGGUUAGACUCAGAAACAGUCAGGAGGAGGUGUCUGUCUGAGAGAAGUGCCUCUUGCCUUCCCUGGAAGCUCUCUCUUUUUUUUUUUCUGCACAAGGCUUUCUGUCCUUGUAGUGCUCCCAGUGCCACAGUGAGUCUCCUAGCUGUGGAAGAGCCACUCUUCAUAGUAGCCACCCUAACCGGGGAACAGCAGGUUAAUCGCUUGUCUCCAGCAAGUCCGGCCUAGUGCACAAGUUCGGCCUAGGCUAGCCCAGCUGAGGCCACCCUUGCCUGCUAGAGAAAAAUGAGAACAGCUGCACAUCAGGAAGCUUUGGCCUUUGGUCCCCAGUUCCAAGCCAUGUUGGAGCACAAGGAGGAGUCAGUCGAGCAGACAAGGUCCCAAGACCCCAAAGAUUUUGAGAUGUUGGAUGUGGAAGGGGGCAGGGAAAGCCCCUGUGUGAGCCAGGUGGCAAACCCUGGUGAGCUCCUGAGUGGGCCGACGUUGCUGCAAGGAAGUCCACCCAAACCAGACAAAACUUCGCUACAGUGUUGGGAAACUGAAUUCCAUUAUUUUCUGGAGUCCGAGGACAUGCAGCUUUUGAGGGGGUUGACCCCGUGGGCCAACAGCAGGGCCUUCUUCGCCUCUUUCGAGCAAGUUGCUGUGGCUUGCCGAUGGCCCAAAAGAGAGUGGGUGACCCGGCUGCUGCCGGCCUUGAGCGAAGAAGCUGACAAGGCCUUUGUCAGCCUGGACGUCGAAGACAGAGCCGACUUCCAGAAGGUGAAGGCCGCUAUUUUCUGCAGGGAGGCCCUGAGCCGGGACAAGAAGCGUCAGGAGUUCCGGCGCUUCUGCUACCAAGAGGCUAACGGCCCCCAAGAGGUCCAUGCUCAGCUUCGGGAGCUCUGCGAUCAGUGGCUGAAGGUGGACAAAAGUAGCAAGGAGCAGAUCCUGGAGCUGGUGAUUCUGGAGCAGUUCCUGAGUGUCCUGCCAAAGGAAAUGCAGAACUGGGUCAGAGAACGUGGCCCAGACACUUGCGUCCAGGCUGUGGCCCUGGCAGAGGAUUUCCUGAGGAGGCUCGAAGCAGCUGAUCAGUGUGAAGAGAAGGAGCCAGAAGCUGUGUUGGUGAGUCAAUCCAAGAGAAAGGAGGCUCUAGUGGAGAUGAUACCAGCACAGAUAAAGGCUAAAAAUCAGGCUUAUGAGGACUUGAGCUUGUCUGGGAAGUCUGUUCCAGAAUACAAAAAGGCUGACAUGAGCAAAGGAAGCCAAAAUAAUAUUCAGUGGAAUCAAUAUGGGGAUACCAAACUACGAGCGAGGUUCCCCGGAAGAGCGAAUACUGUGUUUCCUCGCGUCUGGAAGCAGGGAGCGGCCACUGAGGAACGCCGCCGUUCAGAGAGGUUGCAGAAAGCCCAUCCGACAGCUAUGGUUGAUGUGCUUAAAGUGGAAGCGCCCUCUCCUCCCAGCAGCGAGGCCUACCAGAAAGUCAGAAAACCUUUCCUCCCACAGGAGGUCCCCAGAAAAACCUAUCGGAAAGUUCGGAAAUCCUCCCUCCUACAAGACAUCCCCAGAAAGGCCUACCAGAAAGUUGGAAAACCCUCCCCCCAGCGAAAGCCCCCCAAGAACCACAUUAAAACCUGCGCAGAGUGUGGCCAAAGCUUCGUUGGGCUCGCAAGCUUAAUGAGGCAUCAGGUGCAGCACACCGGGGAGAAGCGCUACCCAUGUUGCUUCUGUGAGAAGGGCUUCUGCUGGCGGUCGGAUCUCGUGCGCCACGAGUGUCUCCAUACGGGGAAGAUGCCCCACGAGUGCGCGUACUGCGGGGAAGGCUUUGAUCGCAAGUGGAAGCGGGAGAAGCACGAGCAAUUGCAUCUCAAGAGCAAAGUGAUGCUUUGAUUGUGAAGCGGGCGAAGGAAGAGGGAAGAAAUGCCAGGGAUUGUGGAGGGAACAAAAUGGGGCCAUUGGUUGCAUCUUUUUAGGGUGGGCUUCCUUGUGCAAACGAGUGGUCUGCUGCUCUGAGUACUGGGGCUUGUGACAGUUCGUGGGCGGGGGUGGGUGGGGCUGUUCUCAUGAUGAUGACUCGGGUAGGAGAAGCCACCUGCCACCAUUCAGCUGUGUGCACUCUCGAUUGGCAUGAGAAUGCCACAGGUAAGUCAGGAGGAGGCGGAAAUGCUCCUCUGCGGGUUGGGUACAGAAGGUGGGAGGCGGAGGAAGUGCUUGCCAUCCACCCUCGCUCUGGAGCCAAGUUCUGGGCUCACUGCGACUGCCUGCCCCCAACACGCAGACAAACACUUUCCUCACCACCUCCCUGGCAUGUACAACUCUUCACGAUGGCUAGUCGGGAGCGAACAGAGCUCCCAAGCGAGGGUGGGAGGCUUCUACCCCAGUAAUGGUGAGCACAGUCUUCAGUACUCCGCCCCCCCCACACACACACCGCAUUGGCAGUGAUAUUUGACCUAUGACAAAUACUUGCCCAUUAGCGAUGGGGGAGCCGCCAUCUUGCACAGGGCUCCAUCCACCGUUUGCAUGACCUUGAGGCUGUUCUCCUGAACAGCCUAGCCUGGGCUUGGCUACCCGUGAGAACCGCAGUGUGGCUCUUAGCUGAGGGUCAGGCGCAAAUGAGCCCUUAACCCAGCUGCCGGGAUUGUGUGCCCAUGCGGGCCACUUGCAGCUCAUGCUGACACAAAGACAGGUGCCUCGAGCGCGUGGUGCACUGUGGGAUACUCACUCCCACCAAGCACAGGAUGCUUGGCUCGAGGGAAGGCAAGGUUCGCGAAGCUGUCCUGCCCAGUAGGUCAUGUGACUGGCCCUCGUUGCUUGCAGAAGCCAUCUGAACUGGUUCCCAUCCUCGGGAAAAUCCACAUAGGAGGAAGCCGCUAGGUCACGGUCCAGUUUAUUUUUCAAGAAACCCCACUUCCCCCACAGAAUCUAGCUACCCUCCAGCCAAACUGAGGCACUUCUUAAUCUUCCUUGCAUUCAGUGGGAGCAGGCAAGGUAACCAUUUGUUUACAUUCCUGCCCACUGAAACCCCGCAGUCAUAAAAAUGCUUAAGACGAUAUCCACUUGUUGCUGUGCCAAAGAAAUUUUAAUGAAGCAAUUCUAAAAGAAAGUAUUAAUGAGUUAACUUUAAAAAAAACAAAACUUGUACUAACCAGUUCUGAAUUCUCUGAGCAAUCAAGCAAUAUGAGGCUGGAAUCCAGGUCACCUCCUUGAGUUUAGAAGAGUUGGGGUGAGGGGUGGAGAACAGGAGGAAUAUUUGGAAAGAACUAAAAUCUCCUUGGGACUGUGAGAGACAUGCAUAAUCUAAUAUGUGUAAGGUUUGGUCUAUGCAUGUAGGGACAGUGAGAUUGUAGACAUGUCAAGCUGCAGGUACAAGGAACUGAAGCUCCUCUAUAUGAAGACACUCGCAAGAAGAAAAGUAGGAUGCUGGAGAACAGUUUGUUGCCUGAUGUGUCCACUUGUUCUGGUUGCAAGGAAGUUUUCACAUAAGGGAGGAUUCAAAAAUGGAAUCCCCCAUCUCAAGUGGUAUAGUCCAGUCUUAUCAAGAUUGUGUUAUGUAUGUAGACAAGAUCUAAGAUACUUAAUUUUUCAAGAAAAAGAAAUGUGUACAAUUGCCUACAAUCUUUUUGUGCCCCGCAAUAUUUUCUCGGGUUAUUUUAAUCCCAAACACCUGAUUUUUCUUCACUUUAUCUAUCCAGUGUGAAUGUGGUCACCCUGAGGGCUUUUUAGCACAGGGCCAUCCCUCUAGCAAUAUUUUACCCUUUGCUGGGCCAGACUGGGAAACUGCAUUCUUACAGAAAAAAAUUGGAAACUACAGUUUGGCACAUUCUGAUCUGGAAGCAAUGAUGGUUUUCUUGAACCGGGAAGUUAGGGAGAAAAUCAGAGCAUGGCCACUUUUGUAUGGCGAUAAAAUGUGAGCUAGUCAAAGCUUUUGCACAAGUUCAAAACGCAGGCUUAUUCCCCGUGUACAUACUGUUGUAGCCUUCCACAGUACUUCCUAGUGUGCUCUUGCUGUCUCCUUGUGCAAUUCCUGCAGUUCCAUCUGCUGGUCAGCUCUUGCAUUCCAAGAAGAAUUCAUCCCUUUCUGUUAAUACUUUUGGGUACUGGGGGGGAAAGAGGGGCGGUCCUUGGAAUGCAAGAGCUGGCCAGCAGAUGAUGCUGUGAAAGUGAUGCAAGGUCCCUGCUCAGCCUGUGGGUGAGGUUGUGUUAGGAAGUCAAGUGGAAGCCUGUAGCAGCAUGUGUACAGGGAGUAAGACUGCAUUUGAAACUUAUGCAAAAGCUUGGAAUAAACUGCAUUUUAUUGCCAUAUGGAAGUAGCUCAUGUGAGCAGAUGAGGGAGCAAGAGCCCAUGACAAUGGCCACAACUAUCUGGCCAUUGCAUAUGGACUGAGCCAUUAUGUGGCCUGGAAACUGGUCAUACUGUAUUGAUCUCUUCUUCUAUAUGCUUAGGUGGCCACAGUGUGUGUGUGGGUGAGAUACAUAGGCGUCCUUUAUCACCAGAGGUCUGAUCUAUGAAUUCUCUCUUCUAAAUGAAAUAGACAGCUGCAUCCUAGCUCCAAGUGUCCACACUGGAAUGUUGGAUCAGAAUUGUGCCAGGUGCUUUGCCUGGAACACCCAGUCUUUUUGCUGGGUGACCACAGCUCUGGAUUUGUUGUGUUUUUAGUUUUUCUCAGUGUUCAGAGGUUUUACACUAUGUGGUGGUGGUGGUGGGGAAGAAACCUGUUAACUUUUUAUAAUGUUUAUCUUAAAAUAAAAAACUUUUUUAAAAAAAUGUACCAAAUUCUGUUUAUGCUAUUAAAAUUUUUGGUUAGUAAGUGC